UAUCAUAUUCUUUGCAAAAUAAAGUUUAUACUCUUUCAGUGUAGUGAUCUGAACAAUAACAACCAUGAUUUCUUAUAAAGUUUUUAUGACAUUAACAACUGUUAUAUUUAUAAUAAGCUCUAAAGCUGGUAAUGUAGAAGAUUUUUGGCAACCGGAGAUUCGUUCAAAACAAUUUCUUUUAGUUAUCGAUUAGGCCAUUCUACUGUUUAUCAGAUAGUUAUUGAGACGUGUAGAGCUAUAGUACAUCGAUUAAUGCCUGAAGUCAUGCCACCUCCAACUGAAGAUCGGUGGGAACAAAUAGCUCAAGAUUUUUGGAUGUUAUGGAAUUUCCCAAAUUGCUUAGGGGCGAUUGAUGGGAAGCAUGUCACUAUUCAAGCUCCUCCAAAUAGUGGUUCCAAUUACUAUAAUUAUAAAAAAACAUUUUCGAUUGUUUUACUUGCUUUGGUUGACGCACAUAAUAAUUUCAUAGCGGUUGAUGUAGGCUCAUAUGGGAAAAAUAGUGAUGGAGGCAUAUUAGCUCACUCAAAUUUAGGAAAAGCCUUGGAAAAUAACUCACUGAAAAUUCCAGAAUCUAAAACACUUCCAGGAACUAACAACAAAGCGCCGUUUGUUAUAGUUGGAGAUGAAGCGUUCCCUCUCAAAACCUAUUUAUUAAGACCGUAUCCUGGAAAACAAUUGGAUUGCUUUGAUAAAAAAAUUUACAAUUAUCGUUUAUGUAGACCUCGCAGAGUUGUGGAAAACACUUUUGGAAUUUUGUCGCAAAAAUUUCGUCUUUACAAUCGGAGAAUCCAAUCUAAGCCAGAAAAUGCAGAUUUUAUUAUUUUAGCAACAUGCGUUCUUCAUAAUUUUAUUAGACGUGACUGUCGUGCUACAAGUUUCUUACAACACAAUGAUCCUCCUACUAUAAGCAGUGAACUACAAAAUAUACCUAUGCAAGGUGGCAGUGCUCGUCAAGCAGCUUUUGAAGUAAGGGAAUUAUAUAAAGAUUUUUUUAAUUCACCAGCUGGUUCUGUACCGUGGCAAAAUGAUAAGGUGUCAAAAUGA